UUGUGUCUUGCAUAUAAAGCAUUCUGCAGAAGUGUGUGUGGAUCUAAACAGCAAAACUAUAAUGGAGCUGAGUACAAUGUUGAUCUGUGUUGUAGCUUACCUGACUUUUCAACAUGGAGCUCAGGCGGUGACUGAGUAUGAACCUGUUGCUAAACAUACACUCAAGUUGACCCUAAAGCCACCAAUGCAGACAGAUAUAUUCCUCUUCAGUAAUGUGAUCUUACAGGCUGUUGUUUCUGGAAAUGAAUACAAAGCUGUGGAAGAUGCCUCCGUGUCAUGCGAAGUGGAAAAUGAAGCUUUAACCUUAAAUAAAGCUGAAAUUCAAUCACAAGACAAUUCACAGUUUCAGAACUUCCACAAUGUCACUUUAAACAGAGAUAAAUGGUUUGCUGGUAAAAUGGUCACAUGUACUAUCAGUGACAAAAACAUAAAGCAGGAGAUCAGUUUUAAUAAAGGAGAUUCAAAGAAACCCAGUGUAGUCUUAUAUGAACAACAAAGUGACAGCACAAACCUUCCACACAUCUCUCUGGUAUGUGAGGUCAGCAGCCCUCAACUUGGUGAUGUUUAUAUUAUGUGGAAAGUAGAUAAUGGAAAAUAUGAGGAGGGUUAUACAAGUACUCCAAUCCGUCGGAAGCACUCCACAUCUGUCAUCAGCUUAUUUGAAGUGUCUGAUAAACAAUAUGAAGAAUCCUCAAUCCACUGUGCAGUCCUGCAUGCCAACAUGGACAAUACAAGAUCACCAUUAAUAAUGCCAGCACGGAAAAGUAAACCAUCAUGUCAUCCUUGUCCUGCUUGCCCUGCUGAUUAUAUUUCAUGAUUUUUUCAAUGUGAUUAUGUUUUAUCUCACUUAAAUGAUCUGACAUGCUUUUGUCCUAUUGCUCUUAUUAUGUUACAGUAUGUAACUUUGAUCUUUUGUCAUGUGCUAAUCCCAAAUCAUGUGCUUACACAUAAAGGAAACCAUUCUGAUAUUAAAAUAUUUUCUCUCACUCCUCUGCAGUGGAGGCUGGCGCAAAACAAACUCAAAAUCAAACUUUUACCGUAGUUAUGCAGGUUUGUAAAUUGUCAUUUAUCAAGUGAUGAUGUAUCAUUACUGCUUAGCUAAAAUGAUGAAAAUUUACUGUUGAAUUCAUCUGUUAAAGCAUGAAAUAAAUGUACUAUAAAUCUGUGAAUUUGAGUAUAAUGUGGGUUUAUUAUCAGUAAUGACUUAAUAAAGGUAAUCAUUCACAUACACUAUUCACACACUAUAAAACUACACAUUUGCACCUAAAGAAUGCAUAUUAGUACCUCAAAAAGACAUA